ACAGCAGCACCAAGUAUUUCUGUCACCAGAGCGCCACUCAGCUGGACCUGAGAAUUGGGCCGUAUGUUUCCACUCGUGCAUCUAAAUUUCCUGUGUGGUUUCACAGUCCCGAGAAGCUGCCAGGACUUCUCGUAAAGGCUGCAGCGGGUCAGUUUCACUCUUGUGGGCACUUAGUUCUCAUUUCGAUCUGUUUGUUUGAAGAUACAGCUCCGCUGAGUUUGGGGAAGAUGGAGGACGACGAAGGUUACACGGUACUGAACCUCCGGCCGAAGAGGGGAAACUCAGCCUGUCUGUCUCCAGAUGGACGCCAAGAGUCUCCUCCGAGUCCCCGUUGUUACAAAAUCGCCCUAGGAGCUUUGGGGGCCUGGUGUAUCAUUCUGAUGUUAGCGGGGAUUGCACUGGGUGCCUGGGUUUUCCAGGGGCGAGCUCAUGAAGACCAGGCUGGAGCAGCAGGGAAUGCAUCCCUGGAGGAGCUGGUGUCUCACUUGAGGCGGCGUCUGUGUGACUCAGCACCCGGCAGCGCUGCAGGUGGCUCCGGGUGCAAAGUCUGCCCCCGGGACUGGCUGCCCCACAGGGACAAAUGCUAUUGGGUCUCUAAAGAGAGUAAGUUCUGGAGUGAGAGCUUUAAAGACUGUGAAAUGAGGACGUCUCAGAUGCUGGUCAUCCAGGACAGGGAGGAGAUGGAGCUGAUACAGAACAUUACUCAAGGGACAAGCCUUGUUUGGAUUGGACUCACCAUUAAAUCGCCAGAGAAGAAAUGGACCUGGGUGGACACUUCCCCAUUAGAUCAAAGUCUGUGAGUGUUUGUAAGUGGUUACUGGUUUACAUGAGGUCGAAAAGUUGUAGCUGUGUUGGUCCCAGGAUUUGAGAGAGAUAAGGUGGGUGAGGUAAUAUCUUUUACAGGACCAAUUUCUCUUGGUGAAAGGUCUUCUUCAUCCUCAAGAAUUAGCAAUUGCUAAACUCAUUCCUUUUUAUGCCUCUACCUCCCCCUCAUGGAUGCAGGAGGAAUGCAACAGAACUAGGCAAAAACUUUCUGCCAAAACUUUUUUGGGGGGAAAAAAUAGAGAUUCAGUGACACCGAAAUGUUCUGCAAAUUCAUGUAGGCUCCACCCAAUUGUUCAUUUCAGAAAAUCAAUCGAUUGAUUGAUGGAUCAAAGCGUUCUAUUGAGACAUUUUCAAAACACUGGGGAAGGGUAAACAAUGAAGAGGAGAGGUCACUGAUUCAGAGCGAUCUAGAUCGCUUGUUCAACGGGGCGCAAGCAAACAAUCUGCGUUUUAGUUCGGCUAAACGUAAAUGUACACAUCUAGGAACAAAGAACUCAGGCCCUACUUACAGGAUGGGGGACUCUACCCCGGGAAGCAGGGACUCUGGAAAAGAUUUGGGGGUUGUGGUGGAUAAUCAGCUGAAUAUGAGCUUGACGCUGUGGCCAAGAGUUCAAGCUCUGCUGGGAUGCAUAAACAGGGGACUCUCAAGUAGGAGUCGAGAGGUUGUUUUACCUCUGGAUUUGGCCCUGCGCGAGAGUGGCUGGAAUCCUGUGUCCAGUUCUGGUGUCCACAGUUCAGGAAGGAUGUUGAUAAAUUGGAGAGGGUACAGAGAAUAAAUGGUUAGAAUACCUAGCUUAUAGUGCGAGACUCAAAGAGCUCCAUCUAUUUAGCUUAACAAAGAGAAGGUUAAGGGGUGACUUGAUUACUGUCUAUACGUAUCUACAUGGGGAACAAAUAUUUAAUAAUCGGAUCUUCAAUCUAGCAGAGAGAGGUAUAACAUGAUCCUGUGGUUUGAAGCUGAACCUAGACAAAUUCAGACUGGAAAUAAGGUGUAAAUUUUUACUAGUGAGAAUAAUUAACCACUGGAACAAUUUACCAAGGGUCUUGGUGGAUUCUCCAUCACUGGCAAUUUUUAAAUGACGAUUGGAUGCUUUUCUAAAAAGCUGCUCUAGGAAUUAUUUUGGGGCAGGUCUCUGGCCUGUGUUUUAUAGGAGGUCAGACUAGGUGAUCACAAUGGUACUUUCUGACCGUGGAAUCUAUGAAAACAAAAUAUAUCAAUUUUUCGGAUUGAAAUUACUUUUCAUUUAAAAAUUGCCUUUAACUUUAUGUUUUUAAAAUUGAAAAAAAGUCUUAAAAUGGUCAAAAUCGAAACAGAACAUUUCGAUUUUGUCAAAAUGUUGAGUUGGAUCCCAAAUGAAUUUUAUUUUAUGAUUCGCCAAAAAUCUCAACAAGUUUUGGUUUUGGUCCAGCAAGAAACAAUUUUUUUGCGUGUGGACUAAAUUGCCAACAAACCGGAAAAUCAUUAUUCACCCACCGCCAAUUGCAGCCACAUUUGGAGCCAUAAUCUUGACAUGAUCAGUUGUAAGAUAUUUAGUGACCGAACAUGGCGAUAUUCUGAACAAAACAAACCCUCAACCGUGCUUGUCGCUGAUUCCAUCGCUUCACACUGACUCCAGACACAUUUUAGACUUCAGAGUGACAAACAGGUGACGCUCCUGAAAUCUUCUUAUAUCGGUAGUGAUAAAUCACAUUUUAAAUCACAGAUCUUUUGCAGGUUCCCAGUAACUGGCUCUGCUGAAGGAAACAGCUGUGGGAUGAUCAGAAGGAAUCGGAUUAAUUCUGAAUCUUGCAACACUGAAUUCAAGUGGAUUUGUCAGAUGGGAGCCAUCCUGCUAUAAACCUGGUGGUCCGUUCUUGGAAAAAAAUGAAAGCUUUGUAUUUUAGUCUAUGGGCAGUGAUGAGUUUUACGAGUUGGAGUUAUACAUUUGAGAGAGAGAAGGUGGGUGAGGUAAUAUCUUUUACUGGACCAAUUUCUGUUGGUGAAAGGUCUUCUUCAUCCUCAAUGAAAAUUUUGAUGAAAUUAAUCUGUUCCAGCAAAACAUUUUAAAUUUUGUCAAAUCAGCAUUUUCUGGGGGAAAACUCCAGUGAGUGGUAGACUGAGAGGUAACUCCAGGAAAAGCAACCAGGGAGUCAAUGCUCUGUAACAGAGCAAAGACGCACCUAAAGGUAGGCCAAAGGGGACUGAGAACUGAGCCCAGAAGGUGGGCUAAAGAGGAGCCCAAAAGGAGCAGAAGAACCUUUCGUUGGCUUGAACUUUUGUUAUCCAGGAAGGGGUUAAAUUUGUGUAGUGACUUCGCUGCAAGACGGAAUGAAAUUGCCAACAGAGACCCCGUGCAGAAGGCCAAGACGACUUGCCUCAGAGGUGGAAACUGACUCUGAGGCAGGGUUCACCUGCAGAGGCACACUCCACCAGAAGGGCGCAUGAUGGGGCAGCCAUGCCCUGUGACAGCCUGUUUCUUAAAGCCCCAGCUCCUGGACUCAUGUGAUCAUAGGAUGAUCUCAGCUUGAAUUAAAAUAAAAGCAAGUCUCUAGUCCAGUGGAGGGCAACCUGUGGCCCACAGGCCACACGUGGCCCAGCAGGAUAAUCUGCUGGCGGGCCAUGAGACAUUUUGUUCACAUUGACCAUCCGCAGGCACCGCAGGACUGUUUUGACUCCUGAUUUGUGAACACUUGGGCUUGGCGAUAGUGGCUAACAGACUAUUGUGAAUGCAAUCCUGCUUUAUUCUUGAUUAUUGUGUUGAUCUAAAGGUCCAUAUGAUCACUCUUUUUUUGUAGUAGUACUAUAGUAAUGCCUCGGUCAUGGACUAGGACCCCACUGUGCUAGGGGCUGUACAAACACAGCACACAAAGAUGGUCCAUACCCCAAAGAGCAUAUAAACAGA